GCUCAUUUUGCCCCAAAAAAUGCAACAGAAAAAUCUUGCUAUGAAGAAACUUUCAGUGUUUGCAGAUGACUCUGAUGAAGAGACAUCUGUUGGUGAAAGUCUUCAGAAAGAAGCAUUGAAAAAACAAGCAAUGAAACAGACUAAAUUGGAGAUUCAGAAGGCUUUGGCAGAAGAUGCUACAGUGUAUGAAUAUGACAGUAUUUAUGAUGAAAUGCAGCAGAAGAAGAAAGAAAAUAAUGCCAAAAUAUUAUCAGGAAAAGAUGAGAAAAAGCCCAGAUACAUCCAAAAUAUCCUCAAAGCAGCUGAGAUUAGAAAGAAGGAACAAGAAAAAAGGAUGGAAAGGAAAAUUCAGAAAGAGCGUGAAAUGGAAGGAGGAGAGUUUGCUGACAAAGAGUCCUUUGUGACUUCAGCCUAUAAAAAGAAGCUGCAAGAAAGGGCUGAGGAGGAGGAAAGAGAAAGAAGAGAAGCAGCUCUGGAGGCGUGCCUGGAUGUGACCAAACAGAAGGAUCUCAGUGGAUUUUACAGACAUCUUUUAAAGCAGAGAGUGGGGGAAGAAGAGAUGCCUAAAUGCAGCUUCCGCGAAGCCAGGAUAAAGGAAGAAAAGUCUAGCAAUUAUUAUGAUGAAUCCAAUGAAAGAAACAAAAGUCCAGAUGAAAGACGAAGACUCAAGCCUUCUGCUACAGAAGAGGAUAAUCCAGAUGCGGACACUGAUUUAGGAAGUGAUAGUAGUGAUGAUGAUAAGAGACGUAAAAAUAGUAAAGUAAAUUUGAAAGAGAAGGAAAGGCGAGACAGCUCUGUGAGCAGUGAAGACGAGUCUAAGCAUCACAAGAGCCAGAGGCAUUCCAGGUCACCAGGCUCAUCCAGUGAGGAGGAUGAGCUGCGCACAAAAGCACAAACAAAUCUUCCUAAGAGCAGGGGAGAGAGCAGAACAGGAAAUGAUGAACCAUACAGGGAAAAAGAUUAUGAGAGAAGAGGUAGGACCCAGGAAAAGGAUCACCAAAGGGAAAAGGAAGAGCGACAUCGAUACAGGGGUCAUACUAGUAAGGAUAACUACAGAAAGAGGGAAGAGCAAGAUGAUAAGCAAAGAGGGAAGGAAAGAAAAGAGAGGAAAGGGCAUAGCAAAGAGUGGAGGAAGGCAAAGGAGAGAGAGGAGAAGUCUUCAGAAGGGGAACGAGAAAAGGAAAGAUUAAGAAAUGGUAAAGAUAGAUGCAGUGAUAGAGAGAAGGAGAGAGGAGAGAUGUACAGAGAAAAGGAAGAUCAUGUAAAAGAGAGAAAAGAUAAAUAUGAUAGUGAUGAAAAGAAAUACAGAGACAGGCGGGAAAGUAGUCCUGUAUCUUUAGAAAAAGAUGGAGAGACUAAUCUAGAAAGGCAUAGGAAGGGAAAAGAGAGAGAGGUGGAUGAGAAGAGAAGCUCUAGCUCUGGAAUUUUGUCAGAGCCAAAACGUAAAGCUGGAGAGGAAGGAGAGAAAGAGGAGAAAGAACAGGCACAGAAGCCAUCUGAGAGCAUAAGCAAAUUUGCCAAACGGAGCAAUGAAGAGACAGUCAUGUCAGCAAGGGAUCGCUAUUUGGCAAGGCAAAUGGCACGUGUCAGUACAAAAUCUUACAUUGAGAAAGAAGAAGAUUAAUUUCAUUUCGGUGGACAAAAAUACUUGGUCUCAACGAAAAGAGAAAAGCCACUGCUGCAAGAACUCUUGUACAGAAGUGAAAGUGUAUCCUAGUUAUUUGUUCCUGUCUUUUCUUUAAAAUGUGCUCUAUAAUAGAAGAAAUAUCUUUUGAAAUGGAUUAAUGGAUCACUUGAUACACAACCUCAGUACAUUUAUACAGUCAAGGUAUUGAAUUUGUCUGUUUCUGCCCACCCUGGCCUUCAAUACCCUAUGCUUGGUGUGUUUUAUAUUAUUCAUCCGAAGAAUCUGGGACAGUCCUACAGGUGUGACACAGCGCUGGGUGAGAAUACCUCCUCCAGUGAGCUCCUACUCCUCUUACCAGCCAGUGAUGGUAUCGGCUCUGCUGAAACAGCAGUGUUCUUGGGCCGUACCAAGAAUUAUUGUUGCCCGGUGAUGCCCUCAAAAAUGAAAAACAGACCUAUAAAUGAGAAAAAUGCAAGAAAAGCAGCCUGAAUAAUAAUCUAGGAAAUCUCUGUAUGUAUUAAUGUGCAUUUAGCCAACAAAACACCAUAACAAAUGGAUUUGAAUAUGUGUGUGGGCUUUGGUUUUGGGAACCUGAUGUACAUAAAUAAAUAAAGUAUAAGAUGCCUACUGAAUCUAAUACCUAGGGUUUUUUGAAUCAUGUUGUUUUACUGGAAAAAGCUGCAUCUUUUUGCUGUGAAAAAGGUACAUGAAUUUUUUUAAUGUAUUAUUGUCAUACCUGCUUAUUCUGCUUGAAAUAGUACCUUAAAUUUGUCAAUUUGUCUGUUCAAGGGUUCAUAAACGAGCAAUAAACUUCUCUCCAAACUAUAACUUGGUAAACAGGGUAUCUGGCAACAGUCAUAGUUUUUAGAAUAUAUUUUCAACAUUUUUCCAGUAGCUUGUUCGUUCAUUUUUUUUUUUUUUUCGGUAAACUUAUCACUUUUACGCCACAACGUAUGGUGAAUGAGUAUCAAACAUACAAGUUUUUAAAAGUGCCACAAGGAUGUUUUUCAACACUUAGAAAUCAUUUUAUGGCAGUCCUCUAGUUUCAGAACAAACACCGAAAAAACCAUAAAAAAUCAACUGCUCCUGUAGGAAAUGGUUUAAGUAUUUUCAGUCUGCUUUACGUAGCAAAGAUUUUGGGAUUUGUGAAUUGUCUACUGUAUGUGUAGAUACUUUUUAUUUUAGAGGUGGUAGGAUUAAUGCCUAUAACAAUUUGUUCCCUCUUAAAUUAGCUGAGUGAAGUAAUAAUAAAGAGGGUUCUGAUGUAGUAAUCCUUUUACUUCUAAAAACAUCUAUGGGGCUUUCUCAAAUAUGACUUUGAUAGCCUAGUUCUUUGAGUGCUCGGUGUGUUCUGCCAGGACUGAAGAGGAGAGUUCUCAGACUUGAAAUGUGGCAUUUUGAAGAAGCUUGUCAAGAAGGCUGACGGUGUGAUCCACUUAACUGCGUUAGUUUAUAGUAGAAAGAGCAGCUGAGUCAUCUGUGCUCUUGCGUCCUCUUCAGUUAUAGUAAAUGCUGCCAAAACCUCUGGGCUCCUUUUUCUCGUUAUAAAAUGUGUUUCUCAGAAGAGAACUAAUCAGAGUUUUUGGUUUGGAGAUUUUUUUUUUCCCCUUUUCCUUAUGAUAUGCUUGCUUUUUUUUCCUGUGGUGAAAUAUAAGCUAACCUUAGGAAUAGGAUAUAUUUAACUAGAAAUACUUGUGUUUUGAGUAAUCCUCCCUACAAUUUUUGAUUCUUGAGUGAAGCCCAAACAAAAAAAAAGACUUUGCCACCUUGUCUUUUCGUCUUUUAUUUUGGCCAAAAGUUUGCGGGGUUGUUUGUUUGUUUUUGUUUUCUUUCUUUCUUUCUCCUUGUCUUACCAGCCUGUUAGCCUCUUUGGUCUGACACUUAAAAGUUCUCUAAUCAAAUUAGCUUGCUAGAGCUCUUCUUAACCGCUGCAAAUAUGUUCAGAGGUACUGAAGAGAUUGUUUUGAUUUUUGGAUAGCUCUGCUUAUGUUUUGCUAAUGCAGUCAGGGAGAGAGCUUAUUUGUUGCUACAUAUCUGCUGCAGCUGGAGGAAAGACUGGCAGUAGCAAAAAGAGAAAACAGUCUUUGGGCUGGUCAUCCAUUUACAGCAAGUGUAAUGCUUUCUAGAGGGGGACUUAUGUUUGAGAAUAUAUUGCUGUCAAAGCUUUGGUUAUCUUAAGUAGAGGACCGUUAAAGGAGAAAAGGAAUAUAAUGUUUGGGUUCCUCCUUGCUUUCAAAAACCUCUUUUCUGUCUGUAAGAGUUCAGUAGUAGGAACAGAGACAGCCUUAAGUUUUCGUGAUCUCAGGUCAGGGUCCAAGCGUAGUUUGAAUUAAUGGGACUUAAUAUUGCUAGUAGCGGGUGACAUGGCACCAAAUUCCUGUUAUACACAGGUUCAGACUGAAGUAGCUUGUACUUGCUUGCAUUAGGUUUCAGUCAUAAUUAAAGUCUCUAGAUAUGUUGUCUAAAAAAUUAUUUUGAAUAUUUUGUCUUGAUGUCUUGAGACUUUGACUUCUUCACUGUAUCACCAUCUGUUAGUUCAUUUCUCUAAUAUGUUGUUCAUCAGACCUAGUAAUUAGGUAAAACGUCAGUUCAGCUACAGGCAAAAACGUGCCAGUUUGCAAAGACCUGAAAUGGAGUAAGUUUUAUGUGCAAGUUAAUUGAAUAACUAGGCAUUUACUCCAAACAUGGAAGAGUUUGCUUUUGCUGUUCUGUCUAAACAAAUGUCACGUACAUUGGAUCUUCUGUUGGAAUAGAAUGAAAAGAGUAUUUAGCAGCGGGCCAAGGUUCAGACACCAAAGGGAAUACUCUGCUCUUUGUCAAAGAGGCCUUGUUGGUGUAGUAAACUGGACUACGCAUUCUGCUUUUUCUUGAAAUUGAGUUUUAUCUUUGCUUUUAAAAGUGGGAUCUAUUCUAGGCUAGCAUAAAACUUCCCAUGAGAGAGACACGAGAGACACCUACAGAUGGAUUAUGAAUAUUAAAUUUAUUCCAAUAACAGUUUACAGUACAAGGCACAUACUGAUAACUUACAAUCAGCUUGCAACACUUGUAACUAAAUAGCCACAUAAAUUAAUACAGGUGCAUCAUGUACAAGUUAGAGGGAACACUUAGUUCUGUACAACUAAAACUCCAGUUUAAUUCUUUUACUCUUUGCUUGUAAGGCAAACACGUUCCUAAUUUACUGGUUUCCUAAGUUCCCUUUUCACUAUGCAGAAUAGGGUGGGAUUUACUCAUGUAGUAGGUAAGUGGAAGGUGAGUUGAAGAGACAAAAGAAUUUAUUUGCCUCAAACCCUUUUAAUUGCAGUGCAGCCCAUUUGGUAUCAAUAUAACUAGGUUUUUGACAAGUUAUGUUUAUGGUAUGCCAGCUUACUGAGCUAUAUGAUAACUGUUAGUUGUUCUAAAUUAUUUCAGAUGGUUAUAAAAAAGGAAGAAAAUAGCAAUCAACAAUAAAAAUAAAUGAAAUCAAUUUCUCAAUUUUCCAGCCACUGAGCUAAACGUAUUAAGAAAUGAAGUGAUCCAUAAGAACAAGAUUUAGAAAACUUGAGACUAAGUUGCCAUUAAAAAAAAUGAAUGGGGACUAAUGUGACUUGCAUAUUCAGCUUUUGUAGAAUGAAAAGAUGGUUGUAUUUUAUCUCUUUACUAUAUGGCAAAAGAAAGACCUUUUUUAAUUUGCUGUGGAAGGCUUCCUUACUCCCUGUUUCUGUGGAGACCUCAAAUUGGAUUAUUCUAGUGAAAAGAAAGUAAAUAUGUAGCAUCACUAGUGAUCUUCUGGACUGCAAAUUUCUAAAAAUAUUUUUUUUUCUGUGACUAUGCAUGUCUAUAUUGUUUUUUGCAUCUUCAAAGGAUUUCAAAAACUUCUGCCUCUUUCAAUACAUCUUUAGCCUGAGUGCAUUUCUCUCAUUUUUCAACUGAGAAAUUCAAGCAGACAAAACUUGCCUUAUUUUACACUGCGACUAUAACAGUGCUCGUAUUAAGAUCAGGGCUUCUUGGCUGACUUCUAUUGCGCUAGAAAACAAUGGCAUUUCUUGGGCAGUUACUCAGCCUUCUGCGCUAAAACCACCCAAAAGGCAAUGUCUGUUGUAUUUUACUGUCUAAAUAAUAUAAAUUAAAGGUGCAUCUUUUGUCAUUUCAAAUGCUGUUGUAAAGCUGUAACAUGUCAGUAGUACUGCGCACUAAAUAGCAGUGAUUUCUGCAAUUGUUACUGUGCAAAUUAUUCCCUUAGAAAUAAUGUUCCUAGUUUCAGUUUAUUUCCAAGGGCUGGAAGAUAAACCUUUGGCUUUGAUGCAGAUAAGGCUCAUAUUUAACACAACCAUCUCUGUCCCUGCCUUCACCCUUCCUAAUAAAAGGUAGCAAGCAGAAUGUCUAUUUAAGGAGACUUUGUCAGUCACUAAUGUAUAUCCACUUGCAAUCAGAACUGUAAAAAAAAUUUUUUUGGAAGAGUCUAGCAGGAAACAGUAUCAACUCUGGCAAGAAAUUCUGCCUGUAAUAGAUGUCUAUUUAAGAUAUUUAUCUAUUCGGGGGGGGGGGGAAAUCUAGCAUUAGUUGAAUACCAGAUUGAAGAAUGGAGAAGGUGGGAUAUUUUUUCCUCCUUCAUUUCCCACAAUUGAUACUGGAUACAUAUGAAUACUUUAUGCAUCUUACAUUGUCAUUUCAUACGUAUUUUUCAGUUAAUAAACUUCUAAUUGAAAAGUUUAAUUAAAAAAUCAGUAUUUUUCUAUUUGGUAACUUAAAAUCUGAAUGGUGUUCUAAUAUUACAAAAAAUUCCCAAACUGUUUCUCAUUUCGUCACAAUAAAGCCAGUUUUGAAAGUCCUUUUCAAAAAAUACUCGCGUUAUAAGCUGUGAUGCUAUUUCUUAUGAACAACUGUCCAGUAAGACAGAUUUAUUACACUUUUCUAGUGGCAAUGCAAGAACAUCUUCCCUUUUUAAAAUAAUGUAGUUUAGGAAUCUUUAGUAAUUUAGACAGAAGAAAUCAUUGUCCCUUUAAGUUCUUUCCUUAUCAGAAGUUGGGCUUGAGACCCAAAGAUAAGUGAGCUCAGGUCAACAGCUGAAGUGAGAGGCAUUCCCUAGAGGAGGUGUCUGCAUACCUAAGCAGAAAAGCCUUGUCUGAAGUGAUGAAAAUGUUUUCAAAAGGCAAAUGCAUCCUAACUGCAUUCCUCUAAUGUGGUAAGUUCUUUGCACCAAUGUAAACUUUUCAAUAGGUUUCUUUAUGUAUGCAUUCAUAGCAGCAGGCAUUACCUUGUUAUUUGUAAUAGUACAUCACCUAAGUAGACAGUGAAAUACAAAAUAAACUUUUAUGCUCUAUUUUGUUUUUACUUUUCAUAGACUUAUAUUAUAUAUUAGAGUAAAAAUACAAUGUAAGUGUUUAUAUAAAUGAUGACAACUUAGGUUUAUCUAAACUUCCGUGUAACUGCAGCAGAACUGUGGACUUGGCAGUUGCAGUCAGUCUAAAGGGCAGUUAUCUUUGGAAAGCACAUGUACGUAAAAAGAGAUUAGUAUGUGCAUAGAAUUUAAUUUGUAUAUCACUACCUCAAAAUAUAAUAUAAACAAACAGUUCUGAUCAGAAUCAAUCCUGCUACUCAAUUUUUUAUAUAAAAAAGAAAAAAUUACUCCUGUUCUUCUUCAGGGUGAAAACCAAGUGUGUCCACAUUAGAAUAUGAGCUAGUAAAACUUCAAAGCAGGUUUGUAUAGUUAGUUAAAUGUAGUUUUGUCAGCCAGUCAAAAGGAUUGCUCUAAACUUUAGCUCUGCACAAGGAAACAAUAGAAAAAAAACACAGCCUCCCACAAAUUUUAUCUAUGAAAUGUAAUUAAAAAAAAACAAAGCGAAGCAAAAAAGCAGAGCUUUGAGGGCCCACUUGUUGGCAUCAGAACUCAAAAUAAUUCAUUGUUUCUUUGAGAAUAAAUAUUAAGUCUAUCAGUGCACUGACAUUGUUUAUUUAUAUAUAUAUAUAUAGAUCUAGCUUAGUUAUGAAAACAAUAUAGUAAUUGCUAACAACUUAAAUGCUAAUCAAGUUCCCCAUGAUAAGUCAUUGGCUUGAUUGGGUCUAAAGGAAAGUGAAAAGGAUUUAAGACUUUGAAGCCUACAUUACAAAAAAAAAAUUUUUUUGUGGUAUUUUUAUGCAAAAAACAACUAGCAGAAACUGUUAUCAUCUACAAAAUGCAGGAAAUGAAAAGGAGGAUAAGGCUAACAAAUGCGUUUGCUAUUGUACACAGAGAUGUAUAUAGUGCUGUUCAGGAUUGUUUCUUACAAGACAUCUUCCUCUGUCUACUCCACAAGAAACCUAGGGAUGAAAGGUGUUUUUUUGUUUUUUUU